AUGGCUCGAACCAAACAGUUUGCACGAAAAAAUGCCUCUCCCUGUACACCACCCUCUUCAUCUUCCUCAUACCAAUCCAUAGAAUGUUCUCCCUCUCCACCACCUCGCCCAUCACCACCACACACAUCUUCCGCCUCUCCCUCUUCUCACACUAGUCAAGAAGUUCUAAACCUCAUUCCUCUGUCUACCUUUCUUCCACCACUAUACACUCGUCCUACACCAAACUUCGCUCAAGUGCCUCCCUAUCUUCGCACUAGAAUCACUCCUCCACGCUGCUCCAUGCGUGUCCAGUUUGGAAUUGAACGUUCUCCACCUCCUCCAGAACGUUCUCCAGAACAUAUCCCAUCACCUUCCACUCUUUUUGCUCAAACAUCUGGCACAGUCUCUUCAGCUAUUCCCUCUUAUACACUUCACUCCCCCAUCCACGACUUCAGUACUUUCUUGUCUAAUCCACUUUUAUCUACCAUGUCUCCACUAUUUGUUUCACCUCAGAAAACCAACUCAUCCAUUUUUGGCAUAAGUCAGUUUUUGAACUUUUCCGCUAUUGUUGGCCCCUCUGUCACAUCUGUUGGCCCCCUGCCAUCUGUUUCAUCUUAUUUUUCCUCUAUUCCAUCCUUAUCUACCAUACCUAUUCCUUCCAACACAGUUGUUGCUACCACUUCUCAACCCUCCGCUCACUUUCCCUCCACUUCCACCUUAGCUGCACCCUCCAACUCUGACAUCAUGGCUGCUCUCCAGAUCAUCAUGGCAAGACAAGUUCAGCAUGAUCAAGAGACUGCUUUACUCAGAACUUGGAUGGCUGAUCACCUUGCUCCCAAGCUGGGAAUUCCACCUCCGCCUCCUCAUCCGGUGCCACCUCCUUCUCAGAUCCCUCAUCCUGGCAAAUCCUCCUCCUCAGAAGGAUCUUAUCCCUCCCUAGCUUCUUAG